UUGGCUGUCAGGUUACAACCACAAGUUGAGUUCAGCACAAACGAGUGGCCAAAAAAACAGUCGACUUCCACUGGAGAUAGGUCGUGUGGUUUCUUUAUAUGUCGCCUUGUAAGUGUGUUUCUUUCGGUUCUUCGUGUAUAGAAUAUAGGCUGUGUGCUCUUAAGUUCAGUCACUGCUGCUCACCACAGAGUCCCGUACACGGGCGCCGUUAACGUUACUCUCAGCUGCCGCGCCUGUCGGGACCAAACGCUCGGAAGAACUCAUUUCAGCGAAGGAGAAUUGUCCGCUGAGCCCGGCGGCUCGCGCGCCGCAUCCUCGCGGCUCCGUAACCAUGGGCAACCGGGGGAUGGAGGAGCUCAUUUCGCUGGUGAACCGCCUGCAGGACGCCUUCAGUGCCAUCGGGCAGACCUGCGACCUGGACCUGCCGCAGAUCGCGGUGGUCGGGGGUCAGAGCGCAGGCAAAAGCUCUGUCCUGGAAAAUUUCGUGGGCAGAGAUUUCCUACCAAGAGGCUCAGGAAUUGUUACAAGGAGACCGCUUGUCCUUCAACUCAUCAGUUCAACUUCAGAGCAUGCCGAGUUUCUGCACUGUAAAGGAAAGAAGUUUACAGACUUUGAUGAUGUCCGACGGGAGAUCGAAGCAGAGACAGACAGAGUCACGGGAACAAAUAAGGGCAUAUCCUCCAUUCCCAUCAACCUUCGUAUCUGCUCUCCAAAUGGUUAUGUUGGUGUGGUAAACCGUAGUCAGAAGGACAUUGAGGGAAAAAAGGACAUCAGUGCAGCUCUGGCUGCAGAAAAACGGUUCUUCAAGUCACAUCCUGCAUAUAGACAUAUGGCAGACUGCAUGGGCACGCUGUACUUACAGAGGCUCCUAAACCAGCAACUUACCAACCACAUUCGUGACACAUUACCAGCACUACGCAGUAGACUACAGGGUCAGCUUCUGUCACUGGAUAAAGAGGCAGAGGAGUACAAGUGUUUGAACCCAGAUGACCCCUCGCGAAAGACCAAGGCCUUAAUGCAGCUGAUACAGCACUUUGGGCUAGAUUUUGAGAAGCGGAUCGAGGGAUCUGGGGAUCAGGUGGACACAGUGGAGCUUUCAGGAGGAGCCAAAAUCAACCGCAUCUUUCAUGAACGUUUUCCCUUUGAGCUGGUUAAGAUGGAGUUCGAUGAGAAAGAAUUACGAAGGGAGAUCAGUUACGCCAUUAAAAAUAUCCAUGGCAUCAGGACAGGCCUGUUCACACCCGAUAUGGCCUUUGAAGCCAUAGUGAAGAAGCAGAUUGUGAAGCUUAAAGUGCCGUGUCUCAAGUGUGUAGACAUGGUGAUUCAGGAGCUCAUCAACACAGUACAACAGUGUACCAACAAGUUAGAGUCCUUUCCAAAACUACGGGAGGAGACGGAGAGGAUAGUGACCACACACAUUCGGGAACGAGAGAGUCAAGCCAAAGACCAGGUUUUACUCUCACUAGAGAUUCAGCUCUCUUACAUCAACACAAACCAUGAAGAUUUUAUUGGGUUUGCAAACGCUCAACAGAAAACAAAUCAAACGAGUAAGAAGCCUUCAGCAGGGAACCAGGGUGCUGCCCCUCCUCCAUCCAGUCAAAUUGAAAAAGAGAAGAAAUACAUGCUUCCUCUGGACAACCUGAAGGUACGAGACAUAGAAAAAGGCUUCAUGUCCAGCAAACAUGUGUUUGCCAUCUUUAACACAGAGCAGAGGAACGUGUAUAAGGACUACAGGCAUCUGGAGCUGGCCUGUGACACUCAGGACGAGGUGGACAGCUGGAAGGCCUCUCUGCUGCGAGCUGGGGUUUACCCAGAGAAAACCACAGUGGAUGGAGAGGAUUCAGCUCAGGUGGAGAGCUUCUCCAUGGACCCUCAGCUAGAGCGUCAGGUCGAGACGAUCCGCAACCUGGUUGACUCAUACAUGAGCAUCAUCUACAAAAGCAUCCGCGACCUGAUGCCCAAGACCAUCAUGCACCUUGUCAUCAACAACGUAGAGGAGUUUAUCCACUCCGAGUUGCUGGCUCAGUUGUACUCCUCAGGAGAUCAGUACUCUCUGAUGGACGAGUCUCCUGAACAGGCCCUGCGCAGAGAGGAGGUGCUGCGUACUCACACUGCCCUGAAGGAGGCUCUAAACAUCAUCACUGACAUUUCCACCUCUACCAUCUCCACCCCGUUGCCACCCCCAGUAGAUAACUCCUGGCUCCAUAGUGGCUCUCUUCACCGAAGGUCUCCUCCAGGUUAUAGUGUCCCUAAAAAGCAUCCUGCUCCGCCUGCUCCUUCUCUACCAAUUCGCUUGGAAGCUCCUGCCCCACCGGUCUCCAACAGCAUAGACACCACCAACACUACCAGCCGCCCCAAACGAAUCCCUCCUAGUGUUCCCAGAGAGCUGCUCCCUCUGCCAGCUCCAUUAGAGAGUGAGAUUCCUGCGUCUCCACAGGGAUCUUUCCAGGACCAACUCAGCAGGAAUGCUGGACUCAUAUUCCACUUACACAUACUCACUCAC